UUGAGAUUACCGUAGAGUUGUCGGAGUUGAAAAUCCAAAAUAGAACGUGACUACGUGACAGGUUGUAACAUCACGGCUUUACCUGAACUUUUGUCUUCUCAUGGCAGAGACCAAGAAACGGUUCCACAGUGUUGAAGAUGACUCCGACAAGGUCAUCGUCAAAAAGCAUAUCAUAACAGACGAGAACGGAUCUCCGAGAGUUAACGGCGUCGGUAAAGGCCAUAUUGAAGACGUGGAGCCAACAGCCGACGAUAAGCUCGAGCUCUUUAGAAAAGAAGCCAUCUAUCGACGCAUGAUACAUUAUUCACGCCUGAAUGAGGCCUCGCAGAAACGUAUCUCGGAAUUGGAGGAACGGAAAAGUACGUGCGAGGCGGGUCUGGCUGCUAUGUCAGCCUGCUGGAUGCAGCUUGUUGACGCUAUACGGGUACUGGUGGUAAAACAAGAGUCAAGCCAGCCCAUGGAAGUGUCUCCAUCAACACAAGACCUUCAAGACCUUUUCACUCUCAGCAGAUACGUUUCCGACGAUUCUAUGCCUGAAUUAAAGUCUGCAUUGGAAAAGAGCCGGCAUGCGACUCAGGAACUAGUGAUGAAGUUUGUACAAAAAGGUUCGCCUCACGUUGCCCAGGACACCUCUCUGAAGGAGUAUCAGAGAACUCAAACAGAGUGCGCUGCAUUAAAAGCGCAGGUCCAAGUCUUACAAGUCAGACUAUCUGACUCCGAGGAGCUCGGGCGCAAGUUACGACAAGAGCUUUCGGAUGAGCAGAAUCGCCUCCAAAGGUUGAAGAGCAAAACCGUUCAAGCAAAUCUGCCUAAAGCAGGGAUGAGCUCAGGAGAAUCAUCAGAAGCGACCGAGGAUGCAAUGUUGAAACCGUCCUCUCCUGCACCCAACGGUUUCACACCUAAAAUGCAGGAAGAAUGGGAAGAGCGAGUUGCGUAUCAAACGCGCCUUCUCCGCGAACAGGACAAGAUCAUCGAUGAGCUUCGGAAAACGAAAUCUGCCCUUGAGCUAGAGAAAGUGUUGACCAAGUCCGAUGUCUUGAACAGCCCCUUCUAUCAACGUGUAUUACAACGAUCAGCCAGUGCUCUCAAUGCGGCCUCUGCGAAGGAAGAAGAAUUGCGAUUGUUAAAGUUAGAGUAUGGGCAGUACAGGGAAGAAAGGGAGAAAUAUGAGAAGGAGUUACGGGACGAGAGCGCGGUUGCAAUAAAUGAGACGCUUGCCCUGAUCGCACGGCGCGAUACCGAUAAUGCGCGACUUCGUGAAGAUAGAGAUCAGCGUGUAGCUGAACUACACGAACGACGCAACAAGGAAAGUGUUAAAAUUGCAUCAUGCGAGGAAUACAAAUCGCUUGCAAUUUCCCGUGCUGAUCGUAUAUCUGCUUUGGAAUCUCAAUUGCAUCGAAGUAAACUAAAACUUGCUUCUAAUGCUGGUCGGGAAGACAUUGUUAAUUUCCUUCUUGAAAUGCCCGACAAAAACAUGGAGUUUGCACAGUAUAUCCAAGCACGCCUUUCGGAGACCGAAACACGACUGGCAUCGCAUGAAGAGGUUCUUGCGAAGUUGAAUCACGAUCAUCCCAAUGUUGCCCAAUACGUACAAUCGGAGGUUGAAGCUCGACAGAAAUUGGCUGAGGUCACCGCUCAACUCACCCAGUACCAAAACCUGUAUGGCGAAUUCUCUUCAGUACAACCGGAUUCGUUGGCGAAUGAACUGCAACACAAGGAAGACGAGCUUCGUCGAUUGAGAUUACUAAAUGCUCAACAUGCCCAGGCCGAAAGUGCGUUGUACACUGAAACUGAGAAAUUAGCAUCCGCUUGGGAGGCCUUGGAUGGCCAAGUGAAGAAUAAAAUAUUUGAUUUGAGUGCAAUGGAGGAUCGUUUGACUAAAGCCACAGUCGAGCGGGCGAAAUCCGACAAUAAGUUUUAUGCGGCUUCGAGGGAGAGAGACGCAGUCGAAUCAGAGCGAAAGAAUCUGAUACGCAAUCUAGAGAAACAAGGACGCGUAUUGGAACUAUUGAAGGACAACGAACAGCGAUUGAAUGGACUACUGGCUGCUACCCAGGAUGAACUGUCAAAGCACAAGGCGUAUUGCCAGGAAGCCCACGAUAAUGCAGUAAAACAACUCAGCUUAAAAUCAUUGGAACUGCACGAACGGGCGAGCGAAGGAACGAAGACCGCCCACAUCAUUGACAAGUUUCAGAGAGAGCAUCACAGUCGGCAGGAGGCGUUGCGCAAAGAGAUGGAGGCUAUGUCUGCGGCUAAAAUGGCUCUAGAGAAGGAGAGACUUGCCUUGCAAUCUAAAGCUAAAUUCGAUUCUACUCGCCAUCAGCACAAGACAGAGGAUCCAGAUGCAGGGCUUAUGGCCUUGCUCAAGUGCUCGACCUGUAAUUUGAAGUUCCGUGACACGAUUUUAACGAAAUGUUGUCAUACUUUUUGCAGAGCCUGCGUGGAUGCUCGAAUAUCAUCACGGCAACGCAAGUGUCCCGCUUGCGGUCUAGGGUUUGCUCAAUCUGAAGUCCUCAAGAUAUAUAUGCAGUAAUCAUCAACACCUUUUUUCAGUUAACCUUAUUUUAUCUUCUCU